GAUCGACCGCUUCGGGACAAGACCGACGGCGGAUAAGAUAGAGACCGUCUGGUCGGAUAAACAUCUCAAAAGUAUUCUUAGACUCCGAUCCUUCUCUCACACCAUUCUCUACUUUCCCACCCGACAGAGGCCUGUGUUCGACUAUUACAGGUCUCAAUACUUGGCGCGAAUAUGGGCUGGCCAGUGUGUAAUUCAACACUGGAAGAAAAGAAGAUCGAAGAGAUCGACUUGUGGGAUGGCGGCAUUACCUUUCACCAUCUCUGUGAGAUUGUCGGUGGGGUGUUUGCGCUCAUUGCAGCAGGAGUUUCCUUUUACCUGAUUAUGUGCCAUGCCACGCAUUACAGCAAACCCAUCGAGCAACGACACAUAAUUCGAAUCCUCCUCAUGGUUCCGGUUUAUUCCCUAGUCGCAUGGCUCAGCAUCUUCUUCUACCAAAAGUCGGUUUACUUCUCCGUCAUGGGCGAUUGUUACGAAUCGUUCACAAUAUCGGCCUUUUUCGCUCUUCUCUGCCACUACAUUGCGCCGGACUUGCGAAGUCAGAAGGAAUAUUUUCGCGGAAUUGAACCAAAACCAUGGGUCUGGCCACUGACCUGGUUGUCAAGAUGCUGCGGAGGACAACACGGGAUUUGGAGGACUCCACGAAGCGGAUUAACUUGGUUUAAUAUCAUCUGGGUCUCCGUCUUUCAGUACUGUCUAUUGCGUGUACUCAUGACUAUCGUUGCGGUCAUUUCGCAGCACUUCGACGUCUACUGCGAGGCAUCCUACAACCCGGCAUUUUCUCAUAUCUGGGUUGUGGCCAUUGAGUGUAUCGCCGUCACCAUUGCAAUGUACUGUCUGGUGCAAUUCUAUGUCCAAAUCAAAGACGAUAUUAGCCAGUACAGCCCCUUUUUGAAGAUCCUUUCGAUUAAGCUUGUGAUUUUCCUCUGUUUUUGGCAAAGCAUAGGUAUAAAUUUUCUACUCUCCAUUGGAGCUAUCAAAUCCACAAAACAGAUCGCAAGACAGGAUCUCAAGGUCGGACUCCCCAACUUGCUUAUCACCAUUGAGAUGGCCAUCUUUGCCGUCUUGCACCUAUGGGCGUUCCCUUGGAAGCCAUAUUCGAUCGGAAAUACAACAGUUGAGGUAACCGAUUUCUACGGAAACGGCAAAGCAACCUAUCAAGGCGGUCGCUGGGGCUUGAAGGCCAUUGUCGAUUGUCUCAACCCAUGGGACCUCGUAAAGGCUGUAAGCCGUAGUGUGCGCUGGCUCUUCGUUGGUCGCAAGAAGCGAAUGCUAGAUCCCAGUUAUCGAACUGCGAAUGAGGCCAUUGACCUUAACGCGGCUGGUACUAAUGGCGCCAACGUGACAGCCUACCAAGGUGCAGGUACGACGAUGACUGGUGGACGACCCGGGCGCUAUUCCCCUGACGACGAAGGGGAGGAUCUACUUUCGAAUGCGCAGCCCAACCCUACUUCGCGACCCGAAAACGAUCUGGGAAUGAAUCCACCACCUUACGACGAUAUUGAGAAUGGGCGCUACUAUCCGUCUCAUCAUCGACUGAGCAGCUCGGCCCUACUGGAUCCAGCGACCCACUCACCACGUCCAUACUCGCCAUAUGAGAACGCGUUCAACAACCCUUACAUUCGUCCCCAUUCCGAUUCGGACUCUGAAUACCACCACACCAGCCCGACAACUCAUCACAACGCCCCAUAUCCACUAGAUACCCUACAAGAACAACCGCCGAUCCCUAUGCCUGAGUCAUAUUACCCUUCUACUCAUGGUAAUGAGCAUGCAGGUAGUAGGACUGCCCGUGAUGUCUAGCCGACAGUACGCUUCUGAGUGCAGUCUGGAACUGAGUUCCAGCGUGAGCACUCUGUUCUCAUCUCUUGUCAUGUGUAAUGAAGUCACAUGGCUGGCGUUGAUUUCAUGCAUGACCUGCUUUAUGUUCAAAUACCCUGUUUUAUGCUUCUUUUUCUUCUUCUUUUCUACAUGGCCAUGGGACGAGGUUUCGAGGCCAUGGCCCUUCUACAUACUCUUUGGAUCCUAGCUUCAAUUGUACAUGAUUAUAGCUUAGAAACCCCUUUUAUACUGUACAUAAGGAAGGAGCCUAGUGAAAUUGGUAAUAGUGACUGCUAGAUCUCUAAAUCUUGAGAUGAUAGCUAGGGGAGCAAAA